UAUGGAUUCAACUAAAUUUGGAUAUAUUUAUGAUAAUUCUGAUGCUGUUAGUUAAACAUAAUCUUGGAGCACUGAUGAUGGCAGUAUAAGAAGUUCAGUCUAAGACUUGGUAGAAGAAAUCAAUAAUAAUUUGGAAAACAGAAUUUGCCAAUAUUUAAGUGAUUUAAGUAUUGAAACAUUUACCAAUCCUACUCUUAAAGAAGAUAACUAUAAUCAUUUAUUAAAAUAAAGGAUCGUAAGAUAUUUAAAAAUAUAUAUAUAGUUUAAAAGUUUUGAUUCUUUCUUAACAAACAGAGAAAAUAGUUAACUCUUGAAGAAAAGAAAGCAACACAUCAAAUUAGGAGAUUGA